CGGGGGGCUAAUGAAAAGGACCCAAAACAACAUGUACCGGAUAUUUUUUGACAGCAUGAAGUAAACAUUGGCGUUAACGCUCAAAUUAUCUGACUUCCAGCUCCUUCAGUCUCUCUGCGUCUCCACAGACUUCUCAGAGUGGAUAACCAUGAACAACAUGUCCCCUGAGGUCGCACUGCACCGGAUCUCACCUGAGCUGCGGCCUUUGCUUUGCAGCGUGGUGCGGAACGGCCGCGUAGGACUCGACUCCACCAACUGUCUCCGUGUCACAGACUUGAAAACCGGAUGUACAUCUCUGACCCCCGCUCCCUGCUGUGAUCGCUUCAAACUUCACAUCCCCUACGCUGGAGAGACCCUGAAAUGGGAUAUCAUAUUCAAUGCACAAUAUCCAGAAUUGCCACCAGAUUUUAUUUUUGGAGAAGAUGCAGAGUUUCUCCCUGAACCCUCAGAACUACCACACUUGGUCCAGUGGGAUGCUGGAAACCCAGAAUGUUUGCUCCAGCUGGUGAAGGAGCUUAUCCAGCAGUACCACCACUACCAGUGCCAGCGUCUGCGAGAAAGCUCCCGGCUGCUCUUUGAGUACGAUAGCCUGCUGGAGGAUCCCAACUAUGGCCGCAACAUGGAGAUUUACGCCGGACGCAAGAACAGCUGGACUGGAGAGUUCUCAGCCCGUUUCCUUCUCAAACUCCCUGUGGACUUCAGCAACAUCCCCGUCUAUCUCCUUAAGGACACAGCACUGGACCCUGGAGAGGAUGUGGCUCUUCUCUCAGUGAGCUUUGAGGAUGCUGAGGCUACCCAAGUCUUCCCUAAACUCUACCUUUCCCCCAGCAUUGAACAUGCUCUAGGAGGCUCAUCAGCACUUCAUAUCCCAGCAUUCCCCAGUGGAGGAUGCCUAAUCGACUACGUUCCUCAAGUGUGCCAGUUACUCACCAACAAGGUGCAGUAUGUCAUCCAAGGCUAUCAUAAGAGGAGAGAGUACAUCGCUGCCUUUCUCAGCCACUUUGGAACGGGCAUGGUGGAGUAUGAUGCAGAGGGAUUCACAAAACUCACUCUUCUACUCAUGUGGAAGGACUUUUGCUUCCUAGUACACGUGGAUCUCCCGCUGUACUUCCCCAGGGACCAGCCCACCCUCACCUUCCAGUCUGUGUACCACUUCACCAACAGCGGCCAGCUCUAUUCUCAGGUGCAGAAGUCAUAUCCCUACAGCCCUCGCUGGGACGGCAAUGAGAUGGCAAAGAGGGCCAAGGCGUACUUCAAGAGCUUUAUCCCUCAGUUCCAAGAGGGAGCCUUUGCCAACGGGAAACUCUAGUACUCUCUAGCUUAAUGACAUGCCUGGAGAGUUGCCUGUGGGAGUGUGUAUGUGAAUGUGUGUGUGCGUGUGUUUGCGCAUGCCAUUGUGUACCUGUAUAUGUGUAUGCACAGAAUUUCAUUUGUCUAAAUGUACUGUACUGUACCAGCACAGUGAGAAUGACAGUGUGCUUAUUGCACACCGACUCUGUGAAUUCCACAGUUUGACCUUGAAACGGUUGCCUCGUAGAAUAUUCACUUUUUUAUUUUAGUUUUAGUGAGAAGCCACUUUAGGUGUAGAAGUUUAGAAGACGUUGUCCGGGCACUGCAAAAACUGCUCCAGCUAAAGCCUUUUACAGAAUAAAACUGUCAGAAAUGAGCACACCCUGAAUUUGUGCUGUUGAUGUGGUGAUUAAGUUCCUCCACCUCUGAAGGAUUAUGUAAAAAUAACAGACACGUGAACAUUGUGCUCAUGUCUAAGAAUUUUCUUGUUUCCAGCUCACAGUAAACGGUCUUUAUUUUUUAAGAGUAACUUUAACAGGAACUCAGUGUGACCUAACAAAAAUGAGUAUUGUUUAAAUGCGUUGGGUCAACGAUGCCGUCAAACCACAGAGGGUUGAACUCACGACACUUCAUCCAGAGCUGCUGUGCUACGAACACAUAUUUGUUGAUAUGUAAACAGUAUGUAAACUAUUAAAUACAUGUAAAUCAGAGAGAGCUGUAGGGACAAUGCAAAACUGUCUGUGUCACUCACGCAAUUGUCCAGUAUGGCCCUACUGUGGAUGUUAAAAUCAUCUCCCAACCAGUUUUCAGCCUUUUAAUAGUAUGUUCCAUUUGACCAUUGAGCGCCCUGUUAAGUCUUUUACUGACAUGUUUUGUCCAUAUUUCUACCCAGUAAAGAAGUCUGUUCACGCUGA